CUAGGCAGAGUCCGUCGCACAGCAGCAAAAGUGUCCGGGGUGUUGCAGACCGCCCAAUGCAACCGCAUCCUGCAUCUCUCUGCAGACUGCAUUGAAGAUUCUCGGGACGGCCAGCCGAAUCACCGCCAACAACCCCGCUCUAUUGUGCUCUGAACCAACAUCUUCUCUUUCAAUCGACAGAUUGCAUUUCUUGUCAUUUUGUCUCAUUUCUAAACGGGAGCCACGACGCACCGCGGACAUGGCGGAAGGCGAACCCGGCGCGGCAUCUCCCAAGCAGCAGGGGUGGACCGAGCACGAGACGGAGAAGAUCGAGGUGGACGUCACAGCCACUGAUGUGGAUAACAACCCCGACGACACCGCCGGCGAAUCCAGCUACGCAACGUCCUUGGCGUCCAGCGUGGUCGACUAUCCCGUCGAACACGGCCGCCGCUAUCAUGCGUUUCGAGCGGGAAGAUACUCGCGGCCGAACGACGAGCAAGAGAUGCAGCGGCUGCUGCUGCUCCACGACAUCAUGACCCGCCUCAUCGGCGGCCUGUAUCUCGCGCCCAUCGACAAGGCAAAGACGCGCCGGAUCCUGGAUAUUGGCACGGGCACUGGCGUGUGGGCCAUCUCGAUCGCGGAUGAGUUCCCCGAUGCAACGAUCAUCGGCAACGACCUCUCGGCCAACCAGACCACGUUCGUGCCGCCCAACGUCAAGUUCGAGGUCGACGACGUCGAAGACGCCUGGGUCCAGCCGCUCAAAUACGAUUGGAUUUUCAGUCGGUACAUGGCCGCCAGCAUCCAGGACUGGCCCAAGCUAGUCAAGACCAUCUUCGAGAACCUCAACCCGGGCGGCUACGCCGAAUUCCAAGACUUCAACCUGCUCUACUACUCCGAAGACAACUCCCUGACCGAAUCGCACGCGCUCAGGCAGUGGAUCACGACGCUCUGCUCCGCGGCCGAGUCGCUGGGGCGCGACCCCAACCCGGGCUCCAAGCUUUCUGGCUGGGUGCGUGACGCCGGGUUCGCCAACGUCGUGCACAGGCGCUUUCGCUUGCCCAUCGGCACCUGGCCGCGCGAUCCGCUGCUCAAGGAGGUCGGCGGGUGGAACCUGACCCAGGUCAGUAAUGGCCUGGAGGGGCUCAGCAUGCGUCUGUAUACGGGGGUGCUGGGGUGGGCGGAGGCCGAGGUUAGGGCCAUGUUGGAGAAGGUCAGGGGGGAUUUGGCGGAUCCGGGGGUGCAUGCUAUGUUUGAUUUUCAUGUGGUGUAUGGACAGAAGCCGGAGUGAGAUAUAGGAUGUUGGUGUGGUUCGGUGGACCGGGUGGUAAUCAAAAAAGGCUGGAGGAGGUUCUGGUAAUGCUCCUACAUCAAACACCGGCGUACUUGGUAUAGUGUUACUUGUGAGAUGAUCGCAUGAACCUUCCAAUACCAGCACAGCAGCCCAUGGGUCCUUUCCAUAUUCUCUCAUUGAACGUCUAUCUCUAUUUUUUGACCCAACCUUCUUCCAGGUUUGAUACAACCGACCAGCCUGAGUUGAACAGGCGCUGAGUAUGGUUGUGCACGUUAAUAAAGUGGCUAUAAACCGGCCGAGUGGUUGCCCGCGCCGUGACCCGCGAGCACGUUC